AUUAUCAUCAUUAUCUACGCUAUCCCACAAAGGAAGUCGUCUUGAACGAACCUUCCUCGUUUCUCAUCUCGUUUCUGUUCAACCGCUACCUAACCUCUCCUAAAGCUAGCUCUCCCUGAUGGUUUUACUUUGAUAUUUUCUUUGUUUGUAAAACCAAAUCUCUCUCUCUGCUAUGGGGCUGCAACAACAUAGAAAGCUGUUAGAAGAUUCAGAAAACACAACCUGUCCAUUACAAUGUCCAAAAAGUACUGAUCCAGGCUAUUGUUCACUAUGUUCAAAAGUCUGCCCUGAUAUAUGCCCUGAUUUGGAUGGCCAGUCACAAAAGUCCCACCUUAAGAUCCCUCCCUUCUGGAUCGCCACGAUCACAUUUCUCGUCGCCGCUUUUCUGCUUGUUUGCUUCUAUGCUAUCCAUUCGAGGUACUAUUUACGUAGGCAGAACCCGAGGAGAAGGUCACAGCGGGGAAAUGUGGAGACCCAGGAUGAGUUUCUUGAUGAAGAAGAUGGAUCUGUGCUGGAUCAUCCCAUUUGGCACAUCCGCACCGUCGGUCUUCAACAGUCGAUUAUCAGUUCGAUCGCGGUGUGCAAGUAUAAAAGAGGUGAAGGGCUUGUUGAAGGAGCAGAGUGCUCUGUUUGCUUGAGCGAGUUUGAAGAAGAUGAGACUCUUAGACUUUUGCCCAAGUGCAGUCAUGCUUUUCAUAUUUCCUGUAUUGAUACUUGGCUUAGAUCCCAUACCAGUUGUCCCAUGUGUCGUGCACCCAUAGUAGUCCAGACGCCAUCGCCGGAGGCUGAUGUCGAUAAUUCCAGUCCAGUGGAAGAAACCCAGGUGGGAAUUCCGUCAAGCAGUGGUACCGAAUCAUCCGAUAGAGAGGAAGAUGAGCGGACUUGUGAGUUAAGCAUUGGGUUAGAGGAUGAGGGAGAAUUAGAUGCUGUGAAUGGACAAAAAAUAUGCGAGAAUUCAAAUGACGAAGUAAACGACAUACAACCGAUGAGAAGAUCAGUUUCCUUGGAUUCUUUGUCGGCUUCAAAGAUCAGCCUCGCUAUAGCGAAUACUUUUCCGACAGAUUCCGAUGGGAUUUCAAACACGCAACGGGUAAGAGUGAAUGAAUCCAAUAAAAGAAUUGUUCCGCGAAGACUCGAAGGGAAUCGGAAGUCGUUAGAACUAAUAUUGGGUAGUUCUUCGAAGGGUAGACCGCUGACAAAUAAGCCAGUUUCAAUGAAGAGAUCGUUUUCAUGGAAUGGGAAAUUCUUGUUAUUCAACUACAACCAGAGCCGAGACUUCGUUUUGCGAAGCUUUUGAUUUCAAUUUGUUUCGCGGUUUCAGGUGAGUGAGUUGUUGGAAAAACUCAUAUCUCAGAAGCUCUCAACAAGCUAAGAGAGAUUACAGGAUUUGAUUAGAACAGUCAUGAUGAGAUCCCUCGACAAGAUCAUGAAAUUGAGAUCAAUCCAAACUGGUUUCAUCUCAGCCAGGAUUGAUCAUCCUGUAUUCCUCAUAUUGUUUCCAGUUUUGAAAGGGAGCCCAAGUAACAUUUGUACUUUAUUUCCCAAUUGCAAUGUUAGAAUCAUCUUAAAACA